UUGUGUGAAUGUCAAUUCGCCAGCCCGCCGCCGACCGCCGUGCGCAUGGCUGACUCACCGCUCAGUGAAAUUCGGAGGCCGCCGCGGUCGGACGUGUCGCCUCUCGCCGGGUGAUACUGACAUGUUAUAAAUAAACAACGCGAUGCCGACCGACAUCAUGUCGACCUGCCCCGCCGACCGCCUCGGCCAGGCCCUCGGCAAGAAGAACGACGCCGAGGUGAAGUCCGGCUUCCUGGUGCUGGUGGGGCGCGGCGGCACGCGCCAGGACGUGCGGGUGGUCGUGUACCGGACCUCGCUGGAGCACUUCGCCGUCAUGUACCCGCGGAAGCGGCUGACCAAGGCCAUCGGCGUCGUCAACCUGCGGAACACCGCGAUAGAGCGGAUCGGCAGCGGCUUCUCGGUGCGGCAGAAGGGCUCCGACGACACGAUAUCGGCCAGGUUCGUGUGCUCGGAGCGCGACAUCGAGGCCUGGCUGCUGGCGUUCUCGGCCGGCGCCGCGCCCGCCUGCCCGCAGGCCAACCUGCCGGUGCUCGUCGAGACCGAGGAGAGUUAAACGGUUCAAUUGAAGUUUUUUGUGAAUGUCUUCGUUUCGGCGUGUGAUUCUUGAGAAACACCGCGCGAGGCUGUCGUUUUGCAAUGGGAUGCAAAAGUGAAAGUUGUGGUUUUUUGUGUAUAAAGUAAUCGUACACCUACGUUCUUUCACUUGCCGAAUUCGGUUUGUGUUACGAUUGUGAGAAUUACUGGUGUCUAUCGAUGUCAGGCGCUACGAUAUAAUUAUUCGAAGCCUAUAACAUUUCUAUUUGUUUUUUAAUGUUUAUCUUCUGGUUUGAAACCGUGGUCCGUGACGGUUUAACUUGUAAACACAGGAUGUAUGAGGGUUAUUAGUUGAUAAGACGAAGGAGAAAUGAGGGGAGAUUAUAUGAAAAGUACUUAUUUAGUAAACAUAUUAUUAAAUUUUACCGGCUGUAACUUGACUAUUAUAGGGAAUCUUAGUUGUGACUUGUGAUGACUGAUGCGGGAGUAAAAAUAGAGACACCUGCAGAGGGUACUGAAAUGUUUAGUAAUCAUGUUCUUUAUGUAGAAAGCUAGUAUUUGUUGGUAUAUUUUCCAAGUAGGGCACGAUGUCUUUAGCGCAACAAUAUUUACGUGAAGUGCCUGGCAAUGACACUCAGGUGAAGCAACAUUUUCACAAUUUGGAAGGCAUCCUACUUGUUAAAUACGUCCUUUACUUACUUCAAUAACUUAUCAAAUUCAAGUCCGUUCUGAAACAUUUUUGGACAUUGACUGCUGUCUGCUCCAGUACUCCAAUUCUAUAAAAUUAGCCCUCGUAGGUGCCCAGUAUUUAAACUGUGUAAGAUUUAAAUUGUUGUGAUAUUAAGUAGGAACUUAUUGUUUUGUAAAUAUUUGUAGGUACUUAACUUACUAUUUGGAAUUUAAUCGACCUUUUGAUUGUAAACAUGUUUGCUUUCUCUCGUUCAAUUUUUGCUCAAAAAAUUGUGCUCAUCAGCAUGAUUUUGGGCAUGAAAUGAAAGUAGACUAUUGCCAGGCGCUAUAGCAAACAGUUUUACUUUAAAAGGACGAAACAAUAAUGAAUGGCCUAUUAUUAUAAUCAACUAAUUGUCGACUAUAAAAUUAAGUAGUUUAUUCUCUUUAUAAAUGGAAAAAUGUUUUAUGUGAUAACGUGUGAUUGUAUUUU